AUGACUCUUGAAGAAAAGGAAGAAGAGUGGGUUCGUUUACUUCCGCAAGAUGAGCUGAAAAAUUCAAGUGCCUAUGAUGAUAUCACUUCAACACAAAAGUUGGGAAAAUUGAAAAAAUUAAUUCAGAAGUCUCAAGUAUAUUCUCAAAUUAUUGCAAAAGAUAUUCUUGAUAAUUUGGAAUCAAAAGCCAAAGAGAGAAGAGAAAAGGAUAAAAAUGACAAACAAUCCGGUAAGGAAACUGAGAAGAACCAAAUCUCUUCACCGUCAAAACGUAGAGCAACGCGUUCAACAAAGCCCACAAAUGAUAAGAAGCCAAAGAAAUCAUCAGAUAUCAUAUCCAUGUUAUCGGGUGUCUCGACUCGUUCCACUAGAUCUCUGUCAACGCUGAUACAAACCACCUCAACCACUUUUGAAGAUAUUGCGAAUCCUAUUUCUAUAGAUAACGUAUCAACACUGCAGCCGAAGUUGAUUACUGGAUGUGUGCUUAAAGAUUAUCAGUUGGAUGGUCUAGAAUGGCUCAUCACUCUCUAUGAAAAUGGAUUGAAUGGUAUUCUUGCUGAUGAGAUGGGAUUAGGGAAAACAAUUCAAUGUAUUUCAUUCCUUUCAUUUCUUAUAGAGCAAGGCAUCAAGGGUCCCUUUCUAGUAGUUGCUCCUCUUUCAACAGUAUCCAACUGGUAUAAUGAAAUCAAAAAAUUCGCUCCAGACCUUACAGCAAUGAAAUAUAUUGGAUCUAAAGAGGCCAGGAAACGAAUGACCAAAUUUGAAAAGUAUAAUAUCGUGUUAACAAGUUAUGAAAUUUCCAUUAGAGAUUUCAACAAAUUAAGUCGAUGUUCUUGGAACUAUUUGAUUAUUGACGAAGGUCAUAGAUUGAAGAAUGCACAUUGUCAAUUGAUUAAGUUUCUCAAAAAGUUAAAUAUUGAGAACCGAUUGCUUAUAACUGGAACUCCAUUGCAGAAUAAUCUAGAUGAAUUAUGGUCAUUAUUAAAUUUUAUAUUACCGAGUAUUUUUCAUGAUUUGGAUUUGUUUCAACAAUGGUUUAAUUUCGAUGAUUUCUUCGCUAAAAAUGCAGAAUCAGAGGAAGAUGCUGAAAAUCUUCAGCAAAAUAAACAAUUAGUUCAAGCAGCAUUAGUGGAAAAUUUGCAUACAAUUUUAAAACCUUUUAUACUUCGAAGGUUGAAAAGUGAAGUUAUAUUGAAUCUCCCUCCUAAAAAGGAAUAUCUUAUAUAUACCCCCAUGACGAAGUUCCAAAACCUAAUAUAUCAUGAAGCCAUGAAUAAUCGAUUGUUUCAGUGUUUGGUUAUAUUGAACUUCAAGCAGCAUAUGAAACUAAAUUACUCACACAUUGAACCUAAAGAGAUUCUUGACUUCAUAUCAUCGAAAAUUCCUGAACUUUCAAAUGAGUCCCCCACAUUAUCAACUAGAAAUGAGGUAGUUGCUUAUAAAGAACCAGAUUCAGACGAUGAAUUUGAAGAGGACGCACCACAAAUGCAUUUUCCAAUCCGAAAACAGAAGAUUUCAAAGAAUGAUGAGGAUGGCAUUAAUCAAAUUAUGGAGACAGUUUAUGAGAGUUGCGUUCAUAAUAUCAAAAGGAUAAAGUUACAAAAUCUUAUGAUCCAAUUAAGAACUAUUUGUAAUUCGCCAUAUGUUUAUUAUGACCCUUUUCUUGAAACUGAAGGUGAAACUGAUAACAGUAAUAAUGAUAUCCCAUUUCUUGAUUUAAUGGUAGAAAAUUCAGCUAAAUUUCAAGUGCUUGAAACAUUGUUAAAUAAUCUUUUACCUAAUGGGCAUAAAGUACUUAUUUUUUCACAGUUUACUAGGACUCUUGAUUUAAUUCAAGAUUGGCUUACCAUAAAACAGGCAAUCAAAUGUUCAAGACUUGAUGGAUCUAUUUCGCAUGAAGUUCGUGAUGAAGAAAUUACCAGUUUCCAAAAGGAUCCGAAUACUAUGGUUUUCUUAUUACUGACACGAGCAGGUGGGUUAGGGUUAAAUUUAGUUAGUGGGGAUAGUGUUGUGUUGUUUGAUAGUGAUUGGAAUCCUCAAGUGGAUUUACAAGCUAUUGAUCGAGUUCACAGAAUUGGACAAACAAAACCUUGCAAAAUAUACAGACUUAUAACCAGAGGAACAAUUGAAGAAAUAUUGAUUAGUCGAAGUUGCAGCAAACGAUUCCUAGAGAAGUUGGUUAUUCAAUUAGGUCAAUUCAAGUUUAAGCAACUUCAACGAAUACUUGAAAAAGAAAAGGAUGAAAAAAGUCACAGUGAGAAAGUCAAAGAUUUAAUUAAUUUAUCCAGGUCAUUCCAAUUCGAAGAAUUUCCACAGCUUGCUACAACUAAGGAAACAGAACUUAUAAAUGACCAAUUCUAUGAUUCAAAAGACUCCAUUGUGCGCUUUGAAAAAGAAGAGAUAGAAGAGUUAUUUGAUAGGUCAGACAAAUGUUAUGCUCGUCAUAACACCACUUUUAAGAACAUAACGAUCUUUGAAACUAUAAACAAUUUAGAUAAGUGA